AUGCGCCCCGAAACUCCCCUUCCGCUCCCCGCCUGCUGGCCGGACGCGGACACCUACAUAUCCUCCCUCCUCUCCUUCAUAACGACUUCUACUAUAUUCCGCAACCUGUGCGGGGGCGUGCAUAUCCUCGACUUCCUCACCCGCAUUCCAGAUCUCUACACAACCGUCCUCCCGCAAGAGUGGAGGGAUUUCUUCGUGCACCAUGAUAUUGGAGUUAUAUUAGAUUUGCUCAUGCGAGAGGAUAUAGACGCGCUGCUACGGAAUAUUACAGGUCCGGCCAAUUCGCAUGGAGAUGAUUUUGGUGGCUGCUGGAGAGGAGCACCCGUGCUUCCCCCCGAGAGUCUUCUGCGAUAUAUCAAUGAUGUUCGCCGACAUUGCCUCCAGCGUGAAUUUCCGCGAUUGCCAAUCCCAAUAUCGAACACCAGUAACAGCCAACCUUCCAACAACAAUAAUGAUCAUAACAAUCAUAAGCAUAAUAAUGGUAAUCACGAUACCAUCCCGCAGCACAUUGCUAUCGGUAUGAAACCCAAAAAAGCCCAUGAAGUCGCUCAUUUCGCGCGCUACGUCGACGCACUAUCCGAUUAUAUCCAGCAGCAAGCAGGUGGGGCGGAGGACAUCUCGCAUAUUGUCGAUUUUGGCUCCGGGCAGAAUUACCUGGGCAGGACAUUAGCGAGCCCGUUGUAUAAUCGGCAGAUUAUCGCUAUUGAACGCAGGCAGAAUAAUAUUAGCGGCGCGAUUGGGAAGGAUGUGCUUGCGAAGUUGAAGAAGAAUAAGACCAAAAAGAAGAACCAAGGGAAGAAGGAGAAUGCGAGUGGUGAUGUUGAGGUUGCGGCAGAGUCUGACUCUGCUGUGUCGACAUCACGGAAUGGGGAGGAGGUUCGGGUUGAGGAUGGAAAGGAGGGUGUGAUUGAUCUUGAUAUGGGGGGGUGUGUUGGCCGCAAUAAUGGCCGGACUGCAUAUAACGCUGUGGUAAAGGAGAGACAUGGUUAUAAAGGGUCUAUGGAUUAUAUCGAACAUGAUAUCCAAAAUGGAUACCUGGAGGCCAUAGUCAGGCAUGUCGUGGAACCAUCAUCUCCUCCAAGUCCAAACGGUCAAAAUCCACAAAGCCAACGUGCAUGCAAAUAUCCAGAUUCGCCGCCCGUCUCCGAAAGCAAUACCAAACCCGCUCGCGUGAUGGUCAUCUCCCUCCACUCUUGUGGCAACCUCGUCCACCACGGUAUCCGCUCCCUCAUCCUCAACCCCUCCGUCACCGCCAUCGCCAUGAUCGGCUGCUGCUACAACCUCAUGACCGAACGCCUCGGUCCUGUAACCUACAAACUCCCCAUCCUCCGCUCCCUCCACCCUCGCCUCGAAGCUACUUCAAAUGCCUACGACCCACACGGUUUCCCCAUGAGCAAGAAGCUCGAAACGUACAGGCACGAGGGCGGUACCGGGAUCAAGUUGAACAUCACCGCGCGCAUGAUGGCUGUCCAGGCGCCUUAUAACUGGGGCCCGAAGGAUAGCGAGACUUUCUUCACAAGACACUUUUACCGCGCGCUGUUGCAGCGGGUGCUGGUGGAUUAUGGCGUUGUGCCUGUUCCCGGGAUUGGGGGUCCAAUUGGCGAUGUACCCUUGGAAGGCGGAGGCAAGGCGGAGGAAGUGGCCAGCGGUACGCCGUUGAUUGUUGGAUCGAUGCGUAAGGCUGCGUUCGUUUCGUUUGCCGCAUAUGCGCACGCGGCUAUUGAGAAGUUAUCGCGGGAUGCGCAUUACGGGGGGGCGAUUCAGGAAAAGGGGUAUGAGGCGCGGUAUGCAGUGUAUCGGAAGAAUCUGAGCAUUGUGUGGAGUCUCAUGGCGUUUAGUGCUGGGGUUGUAGAAUCAGUGAUUGUGGUGGAUCGGUGGCUGUUUCUGCGUGAGCAGACUGAGGUGAAGGAGGCGUGGGUGGAGGCGGUGUUUGACUAUCAGCAAAGCCCAAGGAAUUUGGUUGUUGUUGGGAUUAAAGGGUGA